ACCGCUGACCUCGAUGAGAUCCGCUGAUAUGGCCGUUUCCCGAUAACAGGAGAGAGGAGGGGGAAUAGAAAUGAAAAAAGAAAAAAACAAGUCUUUUGAUUACAUUCUUUAUAAAUUGCUCGAGUUUCCAGGCUGACUCUGAGUCGCUGCUUUGGGGUUUACGCAUUUCUCAACCAUAACGGCGGUUAAGGAAGAUGGCAGUGCUACCAGGAUUUAUCUUUAUGUGCAUCCUUCAAGCUGCAAUUCCUCAAGAUUUAAGUCCUCGUGGACCAAGGGUAAUACCAGGACGAGGUGAUGACCCAUACAAGACGCCACAACCACCAGCCCCACCACAUACUAAAGGUUGUGAGAUGGUGGUCGAUUGUCCCAUCAGACUGUAUUUCGUCAUCGAUACCUCGGAGAGCAUCGCCUUAUGGGAGUCCCCUCCCGGUGAAUUGGUAAAGAAAAUCAGGGAGUUCACUAAGAUCUUUGCCCAGAGACUUGCUGUUGAGGAGUACAGGGGCCAGGUCAGACUCACCUGGUCCAUAGGCGGGUUCCACUUCUCCCAGACGCAGGAGAUCAUCAGUCAUUUCUCAACCCGGGAGAACUUCAUUCGGAGCAAGCAUGAUAUCCGUUACCUGGGAAAAGGCACCUAUAUUGACUGUGCUCUCACAAACAUGACCUAUCAGAUGACCCACCACUACACGGGGCAGAAGGCCUCCCUCUUCUCCGUGGUGAUCACCGAUGGUCAUGCUACGGGAAGUCCGUGUGGCGGGAUCAAGGUGGCCGCAGAGAGAGCCAGGGAGCAGGGGAUCCACAUCUUUUCGGUGGCAGCCACCAGACAUUUUUUUGACGCAGGAAUGAAGGCGAUAGCCGACUCUCCCGCCGAGUUGUACCGCAAUAACUACACAGUUGUGGAUAUUGUUAAUGGGAAACCAAAAAUAAUUACUGAUUCCAUCGACCGCAUCAUAAAAGCCAUGAAAUAUCAAGCCUAUUUAGAGUGUUAUAAACCUUCAUGUCUGGAGACUCCUGGUGUCCCGGGGCCAAAAGGGCAUCGAGGUGCAAAGGGCGCAAAGGGAGAAAGUGGACAUUCAGGAUCCAAAGGUCAAAAGGGUCCUCAGGGUGACCCUGGUAUUGAAGGUCCAAUUGGACGUCCUGGUCCAAAGGGGGAGAUUGGUUUAAUUGGUCAAAAGGGGGACCUCGGAACAGAUGGAGCCAAGGGUGUGGCAGGAUUAUCCGGUAGGAAUGGGACAGAUGGACAAAAGGGUAAAGUUGGCCACAUUGGUGCUCCCGGCUGCAAAGGUGAUCCAGGCGACAAGGGACCAGACGGCUACUCGGGGGAGCCUGGAGACAUCGGGCGACCGGGCACUGUGGGCGAGAAGGGUCAUCCCGGCCGCCCGGGGAAAUCAGGUCCCCCGGGCCCUGAGGGGGCCCCAGGUCUGGAGGGUGACAGAGGAAAUCCCGGCUAUCCAGGGCUGCCGGGAAAAAAGGCGCUGACGGGGGAGACAGGGACACCUGGACCAAAAGGCGAACUUGGAAGGAGAGGAAAUCUUGGACCACAGGGAAAACUGGGUGCUGAUGGGCACAAAGGAGAAAAGGGAGAAAGAGGGCCAGAGGGAGGCAGAGGCCGUGCUGGAGAAGAUGGACUCAAGGGUGCAAAGGGGGGCCCAGGAUUACCAGGACCACGGGGCCAGCCAGGAAGCCCAGGGAGCCCUGGUGGAAACGGCACCAUGGGGAACCAUGGAGAUCCUGGACGGAGAGGGGACCCUGGCCGGCGUGGACCCAAGGGAGACAUAGGAAGGGGUGGAUUCAGCUACCCUGGAUCAAGAGGACCUGCUGGAGAUAGAGGUGAUCCGGGCAGAAAAGGGCCCAGGGGGAGCAGGGGGGAAUGUGGCCUCAAAGGACUACCGGGAGACAAGGGACUACCAGGAGAACAUGGGGAGCCAGGCCCACAUGGUCAACCGGGGGCAAGAGGGCCCAGAGGACGAGCUGGACCUGAUGGGGACAUUGGACCUAUAGGAGACCCUGGGCUGUCUGAAUGUGACGUUAUGACCUAUAUCAGGGAGUCAUGUGGUUGUUGUGACUGCGAGAAGCUCUGUGGGCCCCUGGACAUUGUGUUUGUCAUCGACAGCUCCGAGAGUGUCGGACUGACAAAUUUCACCCUGGAGAAGAACUUUGUGAUCAACACCAUUGACAGGCUGGGCUCUAUGGCCAGUGACCCCGCAUCACUGACCGGGACGCGAGUUGGAGUUGUACAGUACAGUCACAAUGGCACCUUUGAGGCCAUUCAACUCAAUGACCCAAACAUCAACUCCAUGUCUGCCUUCAAGACAGCGGUGAAGAACCUACAGUGGAUAGCUGGGGGCACAUUCACACCCUCGGCCCUCAAGUUCGCCUAUGACAACCUUAUCAGGGGCAGCAGGAGAGUCAAAGCCAAAGUGUCUGUGGUGGUCAUCACAGAUGGCCGCUUCGACCCGCGUGACGAUGACAGUCUCCUCACCUACCUUUGCAGCGACACCAGUGUGGUGGUUAACGCCAUCGGGGUUGGUGACAUCUUUGGACAGACAGGAGAUGAUGAGAUCCUGGGGUCAAUAGUUUGCCAAAAAAAAGACCGUGUGACUGGCAUGAAGCGUUUUGCAGACUUGGUGGCUGAGGACUUUAUAGACAAGAUGGAGACGGUGCUCUGUCCAGACCCAGUUACAGUGUGCCCUGAUCUCCCCUGCAAAAUGGAGCUCGACGUGGCUUGGUGUGCUCAGCGUCCAGUGGAUGUGGUUUUCCUACUGGAUGGCUCUGAGCGCCUUGGCACCAAGAACUUCCGGAAAGCUCGUGAAUUUCUGCAUGAAGUAGCAGAAACCCUGACCUUGGCCAGGACUAAAAAUGACCGAAUGCGGGCCCGCCUGGCAUUGAUUGAGUAUGGCAAGGAGAACGAGAUCCUCUUGGCCUUCCCUCUCACACACGACCCGGCCGUCAUCGCCGACGGAUUGGCACGGCUGUCUUACUUGGAUUCUUCCUCCAGUGUGGGGCCUGCCAUUUUUCACAGCAUCAACAAUGUCUUGAUCGCCAGAGGAGUGCGUCAAACGAGGCGCAAUGCAGAGAUUUCCUUCGUUUUUAUCACCGAUGGCAUCAGCGACACCAAGACCCUGGACGAGGCUGUCUCCGCCAUGCGCAGGGCAGACAUCGUCUCCACGGUGAUCGCCACAAGCAGUGACGUUGACCAGGAAGUCUUGGUCAAACUGGCCAUGAAUGACCAGGACGCCAUCUUCAAAGGAAAAGAAUUCUCUGACAUGUCCCACUCCACUCUCUUUAACCGUUUCAUGAAGUGGAUAUGUUAGGCGGGGCUGCUCGGGU